CUCAAUUCAAUUAAUCAACCAAAUAGACAAUGGCUUGCAUAAAUCAAUAAUGCUGAAGUACAAGUGUCUCCAAUAAUUUCGUCAGCUAUUUCUUGGCGUUCCAUAAACUCUACUUGAGACACCAUCGGCUAGGCUCGACGUUCCGUUCCGUUCCAUAUUCAUACAAAUCUCUCCCAACAAAGGCAUUGGAGACAGUUGACUGGUGCGAUGGAAAAAGGUCGAGUAAAAUUUGACCGGUAAAAUUUGGCGCCAACACGGUGCCGCUUUCCCCUACUGGUUUAACCCAAAACCCACAAAAAGCAAAAGAAAAAUUAAUAAGAUGAACACGAACACCCCCCUCUUCUAAGCUUCUAGUCUUCUCUCAAGAAAAGUAAGCUUCUUUGGCAUUCUUCUUCAAUGGAUGGUCCUCAACUCUCUGCCUCUCUCCUCACACUUCUCGCACUCUCUUUCUUCUCAGAAGUGAACUCAGCUUCUUUCAAGCUACUCAACAAGUGCCGCUACCAAGUAUGGCCCGGAAUACUUUCCGGCGCCAAUUCGGCGCCUCUCUCCCCCACUGGCUUCGCGCUCAAGCCCGGCAAGUCCCGGACCCUCUCCGUACCCAAAUCUUGGUCGGGUCGGAUCUGGGCUCGGACUCUGUGCACCGAAUACUCGCCCGGUAACUUCUCCUGCGUCACAGCCGACUGCGGCUCGGGAAAAAUCGAGUGUGCCGGAGGCGGCGCGAAACCGCCGGCUACGUUGGCCGAGUUCACGCUCAACGGCGCCGACGGCUUGGAUUUUUAUGACGUCAGCUUGGUGGACGGGUACAACCUGCCGAUGCUGGUGGUGCCGCGUGGAGGAACAAGAGGGGGGUGCAGCCCGACUGGGUGCCUUGUGGACUUGAACGGCAAGUGCCCCAGGGCGCUGAGGGUGCGUGAGGGAGGAUGGGGGAGCGUGGCGUGUAGGAGCGCGUGCGAGGCGUUUGGAGAUCCACAGUUUUGUUGUAGCGAGGGGUACGCUACGCCCGACACAUGUCAACCGUCGGCGUACUCGCUGUUUUUCAAGCAUGCUUGCCCACGCUCGUAUAGCUACGCGUAUGACGACAAGACUAGCACUUACACGUGCGCCUCCGCCGACUACGUCAUCAUAUUCUGCCCCUUGCCUUAUACGAGGUUUUGUUCGUUUGCUUGUAUUUCCUCUUGGAGCUGCAACUUACUGCAUUAUACUUGGGUCUAAAGGUGUUGGGAGCUCGAAAAGAUGGGGCAGCGCUACCACUGGUUAACAAGACCAUGAUGUACUUCUAAGGAGCCACCAUGCAAGACCAGACGCCUCUAAUCCUUCAUUCUGCCUCUACUGCAUGUGCAGCAGCACACAUUUGGUCUUUCCAGUUUCGGCCUCUAUUUAUGUGCUUUAUGACUAUCCUUGUUUCUCACAUUUCCAGGAAGGUAGUAUUACAAAUCCCGGGUGAAGAGCAGGUGCCACGGUCGAUGACUAGCUUUACACCUCACCUUCCUCGUUGCAGUUGCCAUUAGUUCACUGGUAAGCAUAGUGGAAAAAAAUUCCACCGUUCCAAGAAAAUCUUGUAUGAAAUCCUAUAUACGUAGGACUGUUCGAAUUUUGUGCAGUUGAUCACUCCUAUGAAGUUGUAUAUACAUAGGACUGUUCGAAUUUUGCCUCUGAUAACUUGUUGCUUCAAAAGAUGAGUGUAAUAUUAGAAGAAAGAAACUCCAAAUUUCUUAAAUUGAAAAACCGCAAGUUACA